UCUAUACCCCCGCCACAGAUGAAAACAGGUCCCCAAAGAGGAUGCCAGCAUCUCAUUGGCUGGAGAGGAUAUCACAGGAGUGGAUGGGAGCAGGAGCGAGAGAGAAGAUGCAACUACUCUGCAUCUUGACAGAGCGCUGAGCUGAGGGAUGCAAGGUGUAGACACAUGCAGAAGAACACAUGCACUGUCAUUUCUGUCUCGCAGAUUCCCCGGUCCUCCUAUAGAUGGAAGAAGCAGCGGACUUAAAGGAUAACUUGCUCCACGUUGCUGCUGGAAUGAGCUCUCCGGCUGAAAGGUGCAGACAAGCAACAGCUGGGCUGACUGAUCUGAAGCUCUUUGGAUCUCAGCGUCACCUGGACUUGAUCGCUCCUUGCUGACUGAGCAGCUGCUGGUGAUUGCUGCUCUUAAUUUCUACUCAUCUAGACAAACCAACACCUGAACCUCUGCAUUGUUGGAGGGAGCUAUUUUAGUCCUCCCAGACUGCACUAUUGUGUUUGGGAGAGGCGUCGCUCCGAGAAGGGUGGCCGCUUUUACUGUAAAUGUGUGUCCCCGGCAGCGCUGGACUGUCACCUGCUGAGAGCCCCUGGAAGCCACCUGCUGUGCCUCUGGGAUGGUGUGACCUCCAGCCAGCUGUUGGCCGUCCCACAUCUGGGUCAAGAUGCCAGUGAUGAAGGGCCUCCUGGCCCCACAGAAUACCUUUCUGGACACCAUCGCUACGCGCUUCGAUGGCACCCACAGUAACUUCCUGUUGGGUAACGCCCAGGGCCACCGCGGCUACCCCAUCGUCUACUGCUCGGACGGCUUCUGCGAACUGACGGGCUUCACGAGAACCGAGGUGAUGCAGAAGAACUGCAGCUGCCGCUUCCUGUACGGGUCCGACACCAGCGAGCAUGUGGCCCAGCAGAUGGAGAAGGCUCUGGAGGGCCGAGAGGAGUACCAGUCCGAGGUCCACUUCUACAAGAAGAACGGUGUGGCCUUCUGGUGUCUGCUCGACAUCGUGCCCAUAAAGAACGAGAAGGGCGAAAUGGUCCUAUUCCUCUUCUCAUUCAAGGACAUCACCGACACCUAUGGAAGGGGCCAUCACAACAGCAGGAAGGAUGUUUCAGAGGACAAGAGGCGCAGGAGGAAGAGCAGCUCUCACUUCAGCGAGGCCAGGAAGCGCGGACGCACCAUGUUGUACCAGCUGACCAGCCAGUUCUCGCGGGGAGGCAAGAGAAAGGUGAACCUGGGUGGCGGCAUUAUUAACAAGCCUUCGAUACCGGAGUACAAGGUGGCAGCGGUGGAGAAGUCGCGCUUCAUUCUGCUCCACUAUAGCGUGUCCAAAGCCCUGUGGGACUGGCUCAUCCUGCUGGCCACCUUCUAUGUGGCUGUCACCGUGCCCUACAACGUUAGCUUCACGCCAUAUGAUGACACCGUCACAGCUGCGCGCUCCACCAUUGUCAGUGACAUCGUAGUGGAAAUGCUCUUUAUUAUAGACAUUAUCCUGAACUUCCGCACCACCUAUGUGAGCCAGUCAGGACAGGUGGUGUAUGAGGCGCGCUCCAUUUGCAUUCAUUACGCCACCACCUGGUUCUUUGUGGACCUGGUGGCUGCCCUGCCCUUUGACCUGCUGUAUGCCUUCAACAUCACAGUGACCUCCUUGGUCCACCUACUUAAAACGGUACGCCUGCUGCGCCUCCUUCGCCUGCUUCAGAAGCUGGACCGCUACUCCCAGUACAGCGCCAUGGUGCUAACCUUGCUAAUGUCUGUGUUUGCCCUUCUGGCACACUGGAUGGCCUGCAUCUGGUACAUGAUUGGACGCAAAGAGAUAGAGACCAAUGAGACCUGGGACAUCGGGUGGCUUCAUGAGCUGGGCAAACGUCUGGAGACGCCUUACAUCAACAGCACGGUGGGCGGCCCGACAGUGCGCAGCUCCUACAUCGCUGCCCUUUACUUUACCCUCAGCAGCCUGACCAGUGUGGGCUUCGGCAAUGUCUGUGCCAACACCGAUGCUGAGAAGAUCUUCUCCAUCUGCACCAUGCUCAUCGGCGCGCUGAUGCACGCCUUAGUUUUCGGUAAUGUGACGGCCAUCAUCCAGCGCAUGUACUCGAGGCGCUCUCUCUACCACACGCGCAUGAAGGACCUGAAGGACUUCAUCCGUGUCCACCGUCUGCCUCAGCAGAUCAAACAGCGCAUGCUGGAGUACUUCCAGACCACAUGGUCUGUCAACAACGGUAUAGAUGCCAACGAGCUCCUGCACGACUUCCCUGAUGAGCUGCGUGCCGACAUCGCCAUGCAUCUGAAUAAGGACAUCCUCCAGCUGCCGGUCUUUAAGGGGGCCAGCCGCGGCUGCCUGCGCUCGCUCUCCCUCCACAUAAAAACCUCCUUCUGCGUCCCCGGGGAGUACCUCAUCCGUCAGGGCGACGCGCUGCAUGCCAACUACUUUGUCUGCUCCGGGUCCCUUGAGGUGCUGAAAGACAGCAUGGUGCUGGCGAUAUUAGGAAAAGGGGACCUGAUUGGGUCUGACCUGCCUGUAGCAGACCAGGUGAUCAAGACCAAUGCUGACGUGAAGGCGCUGACCUACUGUGACCUCCAAUACAUUAAUGUGCGUGGCCUGAAAGAGGUGCUGGAGCUUUACCCCGAGUACGCCAGUGUGUUCGCCUCCGACAUCCACAACAACCUCACCUACAACCUGCGCGAGGGCAGCCAGGACGAGGGCCUCAGCAGGUUUUCAAGGUCACCUAGGCUUCCCCACGAAUCAAAGCUCCCCUCUAUCGUGGAAACAAAGGGGGACGACCCCGACGACACCUUCCACCUCUCUCCAGCUACCCGCUCCCGUCGCAACCUCCUGCUGCCCAGCUUCAGCAGCCCCGUUCGCCGCACCUCCCUGGGUAACCUCCUGGGGGACGAGUUGCGGCAGUUCAACGCCCUGCGGCGAUGCCGCUCACCAAACCUCAGCCGCGGGGUCCACGGGCAGAGCUCAUCACCUCAGCCACCGUCGAAAAAAGAGCACAGCUCCCCUAAAGCCACCCCGGCCUCAACUUCAUCCCAGGGAGAGUCGGGGGCCGAGAAAAAGCCGUCAAAGCUGCUCAUCCCAACUGUCACCUGCUUUGGACCCCCAGAUCUUAGUCCCAGGGUUGUAGACGGCAUCGAAGACAACGGACACGCGUUCCACUUCAACGUGGAGCACUGCGGGCCUAAAGCCAGCACGGGAGGCAGCGCCCAAGACUCCACGCAGGCUAAUGCCACUCUGCUGCUGGAGACAGAGGAGGUCAGACAGAGCAUCAGUCAACUCAACCAAAAGAUGGGCACGUUAAACCGGGAAGUAUCUGAGCUCACCACGGGCCUGCACCACAUGAUGCAUCUCCUCGAGGCCCACUUAUCGGUGCAUCACUACAAAGCCUCAUACCCGUACGGCGUCCAAAUGGUGUCCAGCACUCCCACAGCCCCCAACCCGGGCGCGCCCUUCAACCUCCCUUCAACCUACCACCUCCAUAACGAUCCUGGGAGCCACGAAGGCCACCAAAGCGUCCCACCCGCUGGCCUCUGGAGCUACAGUGGAGCUGCUGAAACCCAAACAGAGAGCCACCGCCGGUCCUCUGGUCCACCUGCCAACUCCUGUCUGCCCCGCUCUGUAAACUCCGGGUUAGGCUCGUGUCACAGCUCUGAGAGCAUGAGCACACAUCUGUGGACCAGCCCGUCUCUUCUUAGCAUCAGCCCGGGCUUCCAGGCAGGAGGUCUGGGCCUUGCACCUCAUGCUGGGCAUGAAGACAACUCCAACUCCAACAACAGACCUCUCAGUGCUAGCCCGACCACCAUCAGCCAGUCCCAGCCCACGUUGUGCCUGCAGCCUCCCAGUGAUAGCGACGAAUACUCUUGCCUUUUGUCCGGUGCUCCCACAGGCUCGUCCACACACAGCCUGCUGGACUCGUCACCCAGUUCUUACCCUCAUCUCUGCUUAUCACAAGCCUCACAUGAGAACAUUUGCGUUCUGAUGUCCGCCCCAACAUCCCACAAUCUGAUCCAGGACACCUCCAUCUUCCAAAUCGAGGACCCCUCAAUCCGACCCGCGUCUGCCUCUCCACCCACGUUGUCAGACCACCCUCUUGGAUCUUCCAUGGAUUCAGGAUCGGAUGCUCUCGAGCCCCACCUUCCGCUGGGCGAUCCAUCUGCCAUUGAACACACCAGUCUGGAGUGCCUGCUGGGGAACGGGGGCUCUAUGGAGAGCAGGGACAGCGAAAGCGCGUCAUCGCGAAGGUCCAGCAUCGGCGUUCAGACUCAGAGCACAGAGCAGUCGUGGUGUCUGGACCUCACUGAUUAAAACGUUUAAGGGGCACUGACUUCACUGCAACUGGGAAAAAAAUAGCAGCAACGUUAUUGACAUGCAACUUCUUACAGUGUUUAAAGAGACCCUGCUGGAGAUUGUGUGCUGUAUUCCCCCCCUCUUGAUUUCUGGGCUCUCAUUUUUGUCAAACUCCACACAAUUUACACCAUUUCUAUGCAAAAGCAUGUCAUUUGUGCAUUAUCUUGGAUUUACUGAAGUGUGUCUUUAAAAAAAAAAAAAAAAAAAAGUUCCAGUAUAUACUGUAUAUUUUUUCCAACAUCAUUAGAGCAAUUUGCAAUUGAUAAUACCUGUUACCUCCUUGCAUGGUAAAGUUAUUUAUUCUUUUUCCUAAGGAAAAGGUUUCCAGAUCAAUGUGUAAGCAUUCUACCUGACAACCCGUUGAUUGUGUACACGGAUACUGUAUUUGUCAGGUAAAGAGUGGUCGGGUGUUUUAAUAUGCGGAGGAACAGAAACGACACAUAGGGACUAGAGUAUGUGCAUCACACAGCAUAGAUUGUUUUAUUGUUUUAAAUUGAAUGUUUUUCUCAGUUCUGCAUUUUUUUAUUUGUGAGUUCUUGGGCUAUGAAUAUCUAAUAUCCACCAUGAUUUAUGAUUUCAAUUGUAAUUCCAUUGAUCUCUUAAAGAUCCUUCAUGAGGUUUGAAUAAAUUUCCUAUUUGUUUCCUCA